AUGCCUACAAUAGCACCCAACACAAAUAUCGAACAAUUAGUUCAAUUAAUUGACCAAUUCAUGGAAGAUUUAGAUGCCCCUUUAGAGUCAUUAAUCAAAUUAUUUCGAAUAUCAUGUAAUAGAAUAGGUUACCCAAUAAUAAAAAAUAUACUGGAAUCAACUGGUGUCUUGAGGUAUCAUUCCUCUCUAACUAUUCCUUCAAACAUAUCCCAUAGUACGGGUAUUUUCCAAUCUACACCACAAACAGUGAGAAGAUAUAAACUUCUAAACCGUACUGGGUGGGAUCAAUAUAAACAAGAUGAUCUACGUCAAACUGAACCAACUCUUACUACUGAAAACAAAAAUUCGUCAGAAAGAAGUCAUUUAUCUAGCCUAUUCUCAAGUAGUGCACCCAAUGGAGAUACGGAAAGGACAACGAUCCACGAAUUCAUACAAGACUAUAUGUACCCGUUACAUAAACCACAGAUGGAUAAAAACCAAAAAUACAAGGUUUUCCAAAUUUUAUUCCAUUCAAAGGAUGAAGAGCUACCUAUAAAAAAGGAAUUGUCCUUGUCGAUCAGGAGGCAUAAAUUCAGAAGAUGGAAGAAUAAAUAA